AUGGAAGCACAAUUCACGGACGAACAGCUCAUGGACCUGCUUCAAAGCCUGGACAAUCUACCCCAAUCAACCUCACCAUAUGGCCUAGGUAUCAAUCCUUCAAGCCUUGGAAUAGAGAGCUUUAACAGUGCCUCUUUCGACCAUGCUCCUUCCUUUGCAGUAACAGGCAAUGAAUUUUCAUCCGUCCUCGAAGAAGCCACCGGCGAUGGCGCAGACAUGACCAAACAUGAAACCUUACAGUCUCGUGUCGACGACCUGGAGCAAGAAUUGAAUUAUAUGAGAACUAUUUUGAAGCAAUUGAAGGCAUAUUUAAUACACUUGCAGCCCUGGAUGAUGGAAGUUACUGAAGCACUUGACAAGCUCGGAGAUGGACCGGAAACCCCAACAGGCCCUGUAUUUACUGCGGAUGAGGAGAUUUGA